AUGGUGGAUCAACGAACGGAGUGCGGUUGGCAUUUUGACAAAGUUCCCGAAUGGCAAGAGGACCAACGAUCUGGCCAGAAGUGCAUCUACUGGAUCGCAUUUGCCCCGGAUGACCCUGACGCUGAGGUUAAGCUCUCAAAACACACAACUCGUUUCCCGAAGGAGAAAGAGCCUCUGAAAGAUACUGCAACUUCCCUCCGCGCAACUCCCCGCAGUCCCGCCGGCAUCACUUUUCACCCCGUGGGGCACAUCUCACUAGACGUUGACAACCCCGCCGCAAAGCGACUUCAACUCCCCAUUCCCUCAGAAAACUUGUAUUGGAUCAAGAGCCUCUACGUCUCGUAUGCGCUGCAGAGUGCGGGCAUCGGCCGAGCCGCGAUGGAUGAGGUUGAGGGCAUGGCUACCAGCGAGCCGCUUUGCGCCAAAGUCCUGAUGCUGGACACCGUAGCAAAGGAGGACCAGCAUAGAGAGGAUCUGUUCCAACAUGUGGAUGGGCGGCCUCCCGCUAUGUCCACCGAGCUGUGGUAUGCGAGACGAGGUUACAAAGUCAUCUGGAGGGAGUUGAACUUUUACCCUGACUUUGACAAGGACGGAAACCCCUUGGGCAGACACACCGUCUUCAUGCGCAGAGACCUUCUAUAG